AUGGAGCUUCGAGUCGGUCACAAAUAUCGGCUUGGCCGAAAAAUUGGUUCCGGAUCUUUUGGCGAUAUUUAUCUUGGAACAAAUAUUGCCUCCGGCGAAGAAGUAGCAAUAAAAUUAGAAUGCAUUCGCACAAAACAUCCUCAAUUACAUAUAGAAAGUAAAAUAUAUCGAAUGAUGCAAGGUGGCGUCGGGAUACCUGUUAUUAAAUGGUGUGGCGCAGAAGGAGAUUACAAUGUAUUAGUUAUGGAUCUAUUAGGUCCAUCAUUAGAAGAUUUGUUUAAUUUUUGCUCAAGAAAAUUUUCGUUGAAAACCGUUUUGCUGUUAGCUGAUCAAAUGGUCAGCAGAAUUGAUUUCAUUCAUUCAAAAAAUUUCAUACAUCGUGAUAUUAAGCCAGAUAAUUUUCUCAUGGGUCUUGGUCGAAAAGGAAAUUUAGUUUAUAUAAUUGAUUUUGGUUUGGCUAAAAAAUAUCGUGAUGCUCGUACACAUCAACAUAUACCCUAUCGAGAAAAUAAAAAUCUAACGGGAACAGCGCGAUAUGCUAGUAUCAAUACGCAUCUUGGUAUUGAACAAAGUCGUCGCGAUGAUAUGGAAUCAUUAGGGUAUGUGCUGAUGUAUUUUAAUCGUGGUAGUUUACCGUGGCAGGGUUUAAAAGCCGCAACUAAACGUCAAAAAUACGAACGUAUUAGCGAAAAGAAAAUGUCUACACCUAUUGAAGAAUUGUGUCGCGGUUUUCCAGCUGAAUUUACAACUUAUCUAAGUUAUUGUCGGUCAUUACGUUUUGAUGAUAAACCCGACUAUUCUUAUUUAAGACAAUUAUUUCGAAAUUUAUUUCAUCGACAAGGCUUUACAUACGAUUAUGUAUUUGAUUGGAAUAUGCUCAAAUUUAAUGGUCAACGUUUUGAUUCCAAUAGUGCAAUCAAUGAAGGUUCAACAGCUAAACACGAAAAUGGAAUUGGAAGUACAAAUAAUCAUAAUAUUGGACAAGUUAAUGAUGAUGAGAACAAACCUGGUUUUCGCACAAGUAGUGGUUGUCAUUUAAAUACUACUACAUGUGCUGUCCAAAAUUCAGCAUCAUCAUCUCGACUAAUCGAUGAUUUUGCGGCCGAUACACAAUAUAUCAAACCACUUGAAGAUGACAAUAUUCACAGCAUGACGGGAGCAUUUCGACGGAAUUCAAAGGAUGCUCAUCAACCACCACCACCACCAAUGCCAGUCUCAUCUUUGCUACAGCAACAACAACAACAACAACAAUCGAAACAACAAAAUAUACCAUCGACAGCGACUGAUACAGCACGUUCUUCAUCAGCUCGUGCAACGAAAAAAUAG